CGGAAGUUAGUCCGUUUCCAUCAUGGCGGCGCUAAAGAUGCUUUAUGUUUGAGUCCUUUUUCGGUUACUAGUGUACAUUUGGCAGACGGUGUUCACGGGAGAACUAUUUAGCACAAGCAGUCAGUAUGAGUCUCGAGUAGCAUUUAUAGCUGUGUGUGAGACGGAGAGAAGCUUUGCAGCGAAAGAAGAAGCGUCCGUCCUGACUCAUCCUCUCAGCACCAACCAUGUCUCAGCCCCUGUCUGACUCGGCGCCGUUCUUCUCUGAUGACAGCGAGGCGGAGGGUCCAGAAGAGCAGGACAGGGUGGCGGGUCAUGGGUUGGAAGAGGAAUCGGCCAGUGGUGUAUCUAGAAUCCGAGCACUGCUGACCGUUCUCAUCCUCUGCUACAUAAACCUCCUCAACUACAUGGACCGGUUCACUGUGGCAGGUGUUCUGCCCGACAUUGAGCAUUUUUUUGGGAUAGACGAUGGAAAGUCUGGCUUGCUACAAACAGUUUUUAUCUGUAGCUACAUGUUCCUGGCUCCCUUGUUCGGAUACCUGGGUGACCGGUACAACAGGAAGGUCAUCAUGAGUGUUGGCAUUACAUUCUGGUCCUUGGUGACACUUGCAAGCUCCUUUACCCCUAAAGAACAUUUCUGGGCCCUGCUGUUGACGCGAGGCCUGGUUGGAGUCGGGGAGGCCAGUUACUCCACCAUUGCGCCCACUAUCAUCGCUGACCUCUAUGUGAAGGAGAAGAGGACGAAUAUGCUCUCAAUAUUUUACUUCGCCAUCCCUGUCGGCGGUGGUCUUGGAUACAUUGUGGGGUCACAAGUCAGUACUGCAGCAAAAGACUGGCACUGGGCUCUACGGGUGACUCCAGCACUGGGGCUGAUCGCUGUGCUGCUGCUGAUGUUCGUGGUGAAGGAGCCUAAAAGAGGAGCUAUUGAAGCUCGUCCAGAGAAUCAUCUGCACCAGACCAGCUGGGUAACAGACCUGCUGGUCCUGAGCAAGAACUACAGCUUUGUGUUGUCCACUUUCGGCUUCACGGCGGUGGCAUUUGUCACCGGCUCGCUGGCGCUCUGGGCGCCAACGUUCCUCUACAGAGCGGCCGUGUUCAGCGGGGAGAGAGCGCCCUGUGAGGACGGUCAGUGCGCCUCCUCAGACAGCCUCAUUUUCGGAGCCAUCACCUGCAUCACCGGUAUCCUGGGCGUGGCCAGUGGCGUGCAGGCCAGUCGGCGGCUGAGGACAAGGACGCCGCGAGCCGACCCACUGGUCUGUGCUGCGGGUUUGCUCCUCUCGGCUCCUUUCCUCUACCUGGCCAUUGUCUUUGCUGAGGCCAGCACUGUGGCCACAUAUAUCUUUAUUUUCCUUGGAGAGAUGUUCCUGUCCAUGAACUGGGCCAUUGUCGCUGACAUUCUCCUGUACGUGGUUGCUCCUACUCGUCGCUCCACGGCGGAGGCCUUGCAGAUCGUCAUCUCUCAUCUACUGGGAGACGCAGGAAGUCCAUACCUGAUAGGAGUGAUUUCAGACUCCCUGAGGAAGUCAGACUCGUUCCUCUGGCAGUUUCGGUCCCUGCAGCUCUCUUUGCUGCUCUGCUCCUUCGUGGCCGUGGUGGGUGGCGGCUUUUUUCUUGCCACUGCACUCUUCAUUGAACAAGACCGUGAUCGGGCUGAGCGCUACGUCCCCACAGAUGACGAGCCGAUUGUGGUACCAAAAAGCGGACGAUCCACUCGGGUGUCAUCGCAUCCAGCUCAGAGCGCUUCACUAAGUCCAAGUAGCUUGUCAGUUUGUUUCCAGUGAGGUUAGGCACAGCCUGUGCAUAACAUGUAAACUUUUAUUUAAACUGAAGGGAAAAAAGCUUUUAAAUGAAUGUUAAUAAUUAAAAUUGUUUAACUUUGCAUUAUUUUAGCAAAUCACUUUGGUGAGGCAUUAAACUAUAUUAUUUUCAGA